AUGUCCGCUCAAUUCGCCUCCACCGCCGUCGUCGGGCUCAGAGCUCCGAAGACCACCAAGCGCUCGCAGCGCUCGGUUUCGGUUCGCGCGUCGACGCAGCCGAUGUGGUUCCCGGGAAUGGACGCCCCUCAGCACUUGAAGGGUGAACUCCCGGGUGAUUACGGCUUCGACCCGUUGAACCUCGGGAAGGAACCGAAGGAUUUGGAGUGGUACGUUCAAGCCGAGCUCCAACACGGACGAUGGGCGAUGCUCGGCGUCGCCGGCGCGGCGGCUCCGGAGAUUUUGACCAAGAUGGGCAUCUCCGAUCUGCCGAACUGGCACGACGCCCCGAACUACCAAGGGUACUUUACCGACGCCACGACUCUGUUCUGGGUGCAAAUGCUCAUGAUGAACUGGGCCGAGGUCCGACGCUGGCAAGACAUGCGCAAGCCGGGAAGCGUGAACGAAGAUCCGGCGUUCUCCGGGAACAAGCUUCCGAGCGGCAUCGUGGGCUACCCGGGCGGGAUCUUUGACCCGCUCGGCUACGCUAAGGGCGACUUGAACAAGCUCAAGGCGAAGGAGAUUGCCAACGGUCGCCUCGCGAUGGUCGCGUUCGCCGGCAUCAUGGUGCAGUACGACCACACCGGCGUUGGCCCCGUCGCGAACCUCGUUGCACACAUGUCCGACCCGGCGCACAACAACGUGUUCCAAGCCAAGUUCAUCGGCUUCUAA